AUGGUCGAGACGAGGCGGAGCGCCGCGGCGAAGCGCCCGGCGGCGACUGGGGAGGAGGAGGAGAAGGGCGCGCCGGCAACGCCAGCGCCGGCGCUCGCGGAGGACGCGGCGGCGGGUUCGGGAGCCGGUGACGAUGUCGCGUCGUCGCAGCCCCCGAAGCGCGCCAAGGUUGGGUGCACGGAGGCGGAUACCGCGAAGCCGUCGGUGGCGCCGGCAGCAGCCGGCGCCGUUGCGGGUCCACUGCCUAACACGGCUGGGCUGCAGGCGCUGACCGGCGCCAUGGACAAGCUGGAGGCCCUCUUGAGGUCCAAGGAGGCUCAGUCCAAUCCGGCCGGGCAUAAGCGGGACACUAAUAAUGAUAAAGAUUUAUCGGCGAAGAUAAAGAGAGCCAUGGAUUUGUCGGAGGAUUUAUCGGCGAAGAUAAAGAAAACCAAGGAUAAGGUGGCUGGGAUAUUGAAUAAGCCACAGGCUGCAGCCACCAGCAGGCGUCAGGAACCCUGGUGCAGACUAAUUUCACAAUAUUCCAUGCAUCCUACCCUUUCUAUUUACGGUGCGCUUUUCACUAUUGGUCAUGGAGCGCAUCAUGAUUUCAGACUGGGCGAAUCAUCCACUGCCUCACCUGUUUGUAGACUGAAGCAGGCUAAGCGAGGUGCACUCCUUGAAGUCUUUGAAUCCAAAGUUGUUCGUGUAAAUGGGAAAUCUUUGGACAAGGCUGCCAAGGUUACCUUGAAUGGAGGAGAUGAAAUUAUCUUCCGUUCACCAGUGAGGCAUGCUUAUAUAUUUGAGCAACUUCAUCAGGAGAAAUCUAGCACUUCAGUGUUAUCCUCCACUUGCAGUAGUGUCCAGCAGGGGCAACGCUCACAUUUCAAAGAUGUUCAGGAUCUUUUGUCAUCAAAAGGGCGCAAAGUCUCAACCUUUUACUUUGGAAGAGGUCGGUCUUCAUUGUUGCCUAGUGGUCCAUCAGCAGGCCCACUUAUGCUUAAUUCAUGUAAAAUGAUGGAGGGCCGGAGCCAGUUUAGCUCUGAAGAUAAUAUUUCAUCUGGUCGGUGUCAGCUAGUAAAGGAGGAUUUGAUCAAUGCAACGGUUGAUGCGAGUGACAUCUCUGAGUCAUUUGAUAGUUGCCCAUAUUAUCUAAGUGAGCAUACCAAAUGUGCUCUCAUGUCAUCAGCAUAUGUACAUUUACAUUGCAAGAACUACUUCAAGUUUACAAAAGAUAUAUCUUCUCUUAGUCAACGAGUGCUGCUAUCUGGCCCAACAGGAACUGAUAUCUAUCAAGAAUAUCUGGUGAAGGCACUUGCAAAGUAUUUUGGUGCUAGAUUGCUCACUGUAGAUUCUUCCAUGCUGUUUGGUGGGCAAGCUUCCAAGGAGUCAGAGUCCUACAAAAAGGGUGAUAGAGUGAGGUAUAUUGGUUCAUUACAGUCGACUGGCAUUAUCCUUGAUGGACAGAGCCCUCCAGAUUUUGGUUCACAGGGUGAAAUAUUUCUUCCUUUUGAAGAAAAUAGAUCAUCGAAGGUUGGUGUAAGGUUUGAUAAAAAAAUUCUGGGAGGAAAUGAUCUUGGAGGCAAUUGUGAAGUUGAUCAUGGUUUGUUUUGUCCAGUUGAUUCUUUAUGCCCGGACAUUCCAGGAUGGGAGGUUACAUCCAAACAUCCCUUUGAUGUGAUAGUUGAGUUCAUCUCUGAAGAAAUUCGGCAAGGCCCUUUAAUCCUUUUUCUGAAGGACACAGAGAAAAUUUGUGGGAAUAAUGACUCCUAUCAUGGUCUGAAGAGCAAACUAAAACAUUUUCCAGCUGGUGCUUUUAUAAUUGGAUCUCAAAUCCAGCCUGACAAUCGCAAAGAGAAGGCAAAUGGUAGUUCUCCUUUUCUUUCGAAGUUCCCGUACAGCCAAGCUAUACUUGACCUUGCAUUACAGGACAUUGAUGGGGGAAAUAAUAAUAAUAAAGAAACUUCAAAGGCAAUGAAGCAUUUGAUCAAACUUUUCCCGAAUAAAGUGACACUCGAGGCACCACAAGACGAAACGGAGCUUUCGCGGUGGAACCAGAUGUUAAACCGAGAUAUUGAAGUCCUUAAAGGAAAUGCAAACAUUUCAAAAUUACGCUCUUUUCUAACAAGGGUUGGUUUGGAAUGCACUGACCUUGAGGCGAUAUUGGUCAAGGAUCGCAUUCUUACAAAUGAGUGUAUUGAUAAAAUAAUUGGUUUUGCUUUGAGCCAUCAACUUAAGAACUGUACAAAUCCAGACCCCUCUUUGAGUAGUGUGCAGUUUGCUCUAUCCAGCAAAAGCCUUAAGCAUGGUGUUGACAUGUUGGAAAGUAUCCAGUCUGGCUUGAAGAGCAGCACCAAAAGGAAAUUACUAAAGGAUAUUGCUACGGAAAACGAAUUUGAAAAGAGGCUUCUUGCUGAUGUUAUCCCUCCACAUGAAAUUGGUGUUACCUUUGAGGACAUUGGAGCUUUAGAAAGUGUCAAAGAUAUUCUGAAGGAGUUAGUGAUGCUUCCUUUGCAAAGACCUGAACUUUUCAACCGAGGACAACUUAUGAAGCCAUGUAAAGGAAUUUUACUUUUUGGCCCACCUGGUACGGGAAAGACAAUGCUGGCUAAGGCUGUGGCAACUGAGGCUGGUGCUAAUUUCAUAAACAUAUCGAUGUCAAGCAUCUCUUCAAAGUGGCUUGGUGAAGGAGAAAAAUUCGUGAAAGCUGUGUUUUCACUGGCUAGUAAAAUUGCUCCAAGUGUAAUUUUUGUGGACGAGGUUGAUGGCAUGUUGGGAAGGCGGGAGAACCCUGGAGAACAUGAAGCCAUGCGUAAGAUGAAAAAUGAGUUUAUGGUGAACUGGGAUGGUCUGAGAACCAAGGAGAAAGAACGUGUAUUAGUACUUGCUGCAACUAACAGGCCAUUUGAUCUUGAUGAGGCUGUUGUUAGGCGGCUUCCAAGGAGGUUGAUGGUGAAUUUGCCAGAUGCAUCAAAUAGGAGAAAAAUUCUUAGUGUAAUACUAGCCAAGGAAGAUUUGGCAGAUGACUUUGAUCUAGAAACUAUAGCUAACUUGACAGAAGGGUACUCUGGUAGUGAUCUCAAGAACCUGUGUGUUACUGCUGCUUAUCGUCCUAUUAGGGAGAUUCUUGAAAAGGAGAAGAAGGAGAGAGCUUCAGCAGAAGCAGAAAAUAGAUCGUUGCCUCUGUCACACACUAGCAAUGAUGUCCGUGCAUUAAGAUUAAGUGAUUUCAUACAUGCGCAUGAACAGGUGUGUGCAAGUGUUUCCUCAGAUUCCAGUAACAUGAAUGAGCUUGUGCAAUGGAAUGAUCUCUAUGGAGAAGGCGGGUCAAGGAAAAAGACAACGCUAAGCUACUUCAUGUAG